UCUACUUUUAAUAUAUUCUGUGCAUACAAUUUUAAUACUGUAAUUUAUCAUUUACACUUUAUUUUUAAUUGAUAUUAAUUGUCUUUGUUGUUUACAUUGAAUUUUUGAUAAACGUUUUUUCGGCUACCUUAUUGGAUUGCUAUUAUAUAGAUUAAGUGAUAUUAGACGGGAAACAUUGCUCGGUUUAGCGAACGUCUGAUGCCACUGUCUCCACAAUGUUGACACGGUAAAGAGAUAAAGGGACUUGCUCACAGAUGGGUGAAGUUGUUUUUCUUUUCUUUCUCCCUGCAUUCACAUACCCAGGAUAAAGAAGAAACGUGUCUGCCUCUGUUGGUUUACUUGGUGUGUUUUCUUGGCAGGUCUGGUUGCCAUGGAUAUCAUUGUUCAAAGAACGAAAGUGAUCGUCGAGCACAUUUCGGCCCAACAACCGAUGCAAAGAUUCUUCGAUGCAAGACGAGCUGAUUUAAAUCGCACGUUCAUGUCUUUAGACUCUGGUUAUAUUCAUAUUCUCAGUGCAGUUGCCCAAAAUUCUUCAGCCAAUAGUUUUUAUGAUAACAUCGUUCUUAGUGGAUGGCAAACACCAACAGAUGAUUUUCACAGUGAACUUAAAUGUUGUCUCUUUUACGCAAAUCCACUUAAAGCUUUUGUUGCCAAUUUGACGCAGAUACGAAACUCUACCAAUUUGAGACAUUCUGAGAUAGAAGCCAAGCAAUACGUGUGUCCAAAUGUGUAUUCUAAUAGAAAUAUAUCACCAAUAGCAAUAUCAUUAACUACUGGAGAGCGAUGUCCUGAAGACUUGACUAAAUACGCGACUGUGGAUUUCCCUCACAAGGCGCAAAACGGUUCGCUGGGUGUCUGUGCCAAAUUAGUUUUCGGAAACAUUUCGGCCGCGUCUCUUGUCGAGUGGUUUGAAUACCAGCGACUUAUGAAAGUAGACAAAGUGAUAGCUUACACAUACAAGUUGAACGAAGAGGCUAUGAAAGUGUUGAAAUAUUAUUCUUCAACCGGACUGGUCGAGUUCUUGCCGUUUUCAUUACCACAUAGAGAAAAAUAUCACAGGGAUGUUGGAGUAAAAAACUUGAACAGUUGGAACGACGAAGAAGUUGCUGUGUUCGAUUGUCAAAACAGGCUAUCGGGAUACAAAUAUUUGGGCCUCUAUGACUUUGAUGAAUUUAUAUACUCUAAAAAUGCCAAGAACUUGAAAGACUUACUGAUGAAACUAGGAAAACUGUAUCCCAACUCAGCUGGCUAUACAUUUAAAACAGAAGUGUACGCGACAACGUGGGGUGAACGACAGAAUAACUCGAUUGAAAAUGAUUUGACAAUUGGAAGAUAUAACCAGCGUGGCGACCCAAUGAGGGACAGGGUGAAGUCUAUCGUUAUCACUGACAGACUGAUGCCUGGACGAAUGUCAACGCACGGUUACUGGUCGAAGAAGCCGUAUAAAAAAUCAAUCGUCAAGGAGUCGUAUGCAGUCCUUAAACAUUACCGCACGUGCCGGAAAGAGUGGAUGAAAAACAACGGGGCCAUGUGUUACAAACUAAUCAAGCGACAUGAGGACAAUACCCUGGUCCAAGUCGCUGAUUUAAUUAGAGAGAACGUCAUAAACGUUAUGGAGAGAAUAAAAGAGGAAAUGAGUAAAAGUUCAUAUUGAAAUUACGAAUACAACAAUAUAGUUUCUAUUAACGUUAUGGACAUACUCAAGAGGCUAAUGAUGACUGACUAAUGAGUCCAUCAAACUAGUAUAUAUUAAUGUUAUGGACAGACUAACGGGGCCAACGAUCUCUUCCCUAUUGCUGUUAUGGAGUACUAACGUGGCCAACGAUGCGAUUUCUAUUGAAGGAUGCAAUUUCUAUUGAAGUUCUGAACAGACUAAAGGGCCCAUCAAUCUAGUUUUAGGUUACGCUCAAGACUUUUCAUUAAUGAUAUUGACAGACUUACGGGUCAACAAUGCCAUUUCUAUUGACGUUCUGGACAUUCUAAUUAAAGAUAUUAAAGAUAUACGUUAGAUGAUAUGAACAAGUGAGGACUUAGUAUCUUUAGUCCGGAUAGAAGUUUCUUGAUUGAGAAUGUAUUGUAGUGGUACUGUGAUAUCUAGUCAUAACAUAAUUAUCAAAAUUAUUUUUUGAAAUUUUGAAAGUUAUUAUUGUUAUUAUUA